GACUAGAGCUUGCAUGUCUGACAAUGGCUGAAACUGAAGUGAAUGCCAUUGAUAAACUUAUCGCUACUAAAAUGUUACUCAAGGCAAGUUUAGACAGCUCAAGAGCUAUUUCCUCUGCUCUGCAAAAAACUGAGCAAAGAUUAGAGGAGAUGAAUCAAAGAUUACCACAAUCUCUUGGAAUUGCAACUAGACCAAAUAUUGGUAUCAAAGAGCAAAUUGACUGUGCCAUCAGCCCUGCCAUGGCAGUUCUAAAGAUCUGCAAUGCCAUUGAAGAGCUUGAGAAAGCAAUCUUAUCAGACCGCCCAUGUUCAAAUCUUUACGCAUACCUCUUAGUUGUUAAACAGCUAGAACAAGCAUUAAAGUUUCUGGCUGCCAAUUGUGGGUUAGCAAUUCAAUGGCUAGAAGGUAUUCUUCAGUUUCUUGAAGAUAAUGAUUUAUACGCGUCGAAAGUGAAUAUGUGUUUAGGUAUUCUACAGAAGUUGCAAGUAACUGACGAAAAAGCUCGUCACAACGGAGGAAUUCUGUCUGCUGCAUUUGAUAAACUUGAAAUUGAAUUCAAGCGCCUUCUUGCAGAAAACUCCAUGCCUCUAUCAAUAGCUGCAAUGGAGAAGCUUCAGGCUAUUAUUAGCAGACUAAAUGCGAACAAAAGGCUUAACAAGUGCAUAUCAGCUUAUGUUGAAGUUCGAAGCAUGAAAGCAAGAAGAAGGUUGGAAGCUCUGGAAUUGAAUUACCUUGAGAAUCCACUCUCAGAAUUAGAUGAUGUCCAAGAUAUAGAGGGUCUCAUAGAUCAAUGGUGCAAACAUUUGGAGUUGGCUGUGAAGAAUGUUUAUGAAGCAGAGUACAAACUAUGCAAUGAGGUUUUCAGAUCUGAUACUGAUCGAAAGAGUUGUUUUGCAGAAAUUGCAACAAAAUCAGGACUCGUUUCUUUCCUCGAGUUUGGAACAAGAAUUACAGAAUGUAAGAAAGAUCCUGUUAAAUUAGUUAAGCUGUUAGACAUUUUUUCAUUUUUAGACAAUUUGAGAACAGAUUUCAACCGGCUUUUCAGCAGCGAAGAAUGCUUUGAAAUCCAACACUUGACGAGGAAUCUCAUCAGGAAAGUUGUUUAUGGUGCUUGUGAGAUUUUCUGGGAACUUCCAUCACAAGUGAAGCUGCAAAGGCAAACUAUUUCUCCUUCAGAUGGAAGUGUUCCUAAACUGGCAAGUUUUGUAACAGACUACUGUAAUCAUCUUCUCAGCGACAAUUACAAGCCAUUACUGAUCAAGGUUCUAACAAUUCAUCAAAGCUGGAAAAAUGAAACAUAUCAAGAAACACUUAUCAUGAACCAGAUACAUUGCAUAAUAAAAGAAAUUGGAUUACACUUGGACACAUUGUCAAAGGGAUACGAGGAUAUGGCACUUUCAUACCUUUUCAUGAUGAAUAACCAUUGCCAUUUCAGUAACUUGAAAGGUACAAAAGUUGGAGAUUUGAUGGGUGAGUCCUGGGUGAGAGGUCACGAGCAGUAUAAAGACUAUUAUAUGACACUUCACUUGAAAGACACUUGGGGAAAGAUACUUGCUCUUCUCAGCCAAGGCCAAGAAGAUGAUUACACAAGUAAUGAUUCUUUGACUGUGAAGAAGAGCCUAAAGGAAUUCAAUGAAGCAUUGGAUGGAAUGUAUGAGAAGCAGUGCAAUUGGGUUGUACCUAAUGACAAGUUGAGGUUAAAGAUGUGUAGAGUGGCCGUAGAGGCCUUCGUGCCUGUGUAUAGAUGCUAUUUGCAGAAUUAUAGCCAUUUGGCACAAGAAGAUGUGAAAUAUACAGCACAAGGUUUGGACAGUAUGCUGAGCUCUCUGUUUCAGCCAAAGAUAAGAAUGUGUAGCAGCAACAAACAAAGAGAGUGGAUACAUCAAGUGAAACAUGUAGAGAAUACUGCUUAUAACUUUCAUCAACUGACUCUUAUGGCUGUAUGACUUUUUUGUAAUUAAUUUCAAAUGUUCUUUUAACCAAAAUUAGUUAUACGAAUUAUGCAAAUUAAAGAUGAUUUCUA